AUGUCGGCGGCUAUUCGAAUGGGUACCCGCGGGGGAAGACCUUCGACAUCUCUCCUCACAGGUAGCCUUUACCCAACAUACAGAUACCAGCCACGCGGCACAAACCCAGCCAGCCGCCGACGAACCCAAUCCCUCGUGCGCAUCGGCGUCGUAGCAGCGGUGCUCUUCUUCCUGGUCCUCUACGUCUUCACGCGCGGUUCCGGCUCGUCGUCGUUCCUCUCCAUCUUCUCGCUCGGCCUCCUCUCGUCCAGCGGCGCCGACUUCCAGCUCGAGACGGUGCGCUACCACGAUCUGUCUAACGUGCAGGGCACGGCGCGCGGCUGGGAGCGCGAAGAGCGCAUCCUGGUGUGCGUGCCCCUCCGCGACGCCGAAGCCCACCUGUCCAUGUUCUUCUCGCACCUGAAGAACCUCACCUACCCCCACCACCUGCUCGACCUGGCGUUUCUGGUGUCGGAUUCUAAGGAUAAUACGAUGGGCGUGCUGGUCAAGAGCUUGGAGGAGAUACAGGCGGCUGAAGAGGAGGCGAUGCACUUUGGGGAGAUCUCGAUUAUUGAGAAGGAUUUUGGGCAGGUGGUGAACCAGGAUGUUGAGAGUCGCCACGGCUUUGCGGCGCAGGCGGGGAGGAGAAAGCUUAUGGCCAGGGCGAGAAACUGGCUGUUGUCGGCGGCGCUGCGGCCAUAUCACUCGUGGGUGUACUGGCGUGAUGUGGACGUCGAGACGGCGCCGUUUACGAUUCUGGAGGACCUCAUGCGGCAUAACAAGGAUGUUAUCGUCCCGAAUGUGUGGCGUCCGUUGCCGGAAUGGCUUGGUGGGGAGCAGCCGUACGAUUUGAACUCGUGGCAGGAAUCCGACACCGCCCUGACGCUGGCCGAUACGCUUGAUGAGGAUGCGGUUAUUGUGGAGGGCUAUGCCGAGUAUGCGACUUAUCGACCCCAUUUGGCGUAUCUCCGAGACCCCUACGGCGAUCCGGAUGUGGAGAUGGAGCUUGAUGGCGUUGGCGGUGUGAGUAUCUUGGCCAAGGCCAAGGUAUUCCGCUACGGCGUUCAUUUCCCGGCAUUUAGCUUCGAGAAGCAUGCCGAAACCGAAGGGUUUGGCAAGAUGGCGCGAAAGAUGGACCUCUCCGUCAUCGGGCUGCCUCACUACACCAUCUGGCACGCGUAUGAGCCCAGCGUGGAUGACAUAAAGCACAUGGAGCAAAUGAAGCGGGAGCAACUAGCCCAAGAGGCGGCGGAGAAGGAGAAAGCAGAGAAGGCCAUGAAGCUUAAAGAGUCAUUCGGUGAUGCCACCGGGCAGUGGGAAAAGGACAAGGUGGCCAUGCAAAACAUUGUUGUCCAGGACAAAAAGAAGGACACUGCAGCCGCCGCGACCAAUGAUGAGGCUGAUGCUGAGCUACCAGGGGGGAAGGUGGUCGAGAAGGUCGCUGCGUGA